CUAAUUGAAUGCUGUUUGUCACAAUAACGGCAAAGCAAGUUCACUCAGGGUUCCAGACAGUGAGGCCUGUCGAUUUGGCUCGUCAGGGCUUUGCCUUAUGAUCACAUCAGUGAGUCAGACAAGGCUUGAUUAGAAGAUGACCGACAGUGACGAAUGACUACGUUACAUUCUUCCAGACCCGACUAUUCGAUCAACAAGAAAUGGAGCCGAGGUUGCUGAUCCUACUCACUGUCAGCUUUCUGCUGUGUGGAGUUCAGAGAAGUUUGGCUGACAAAGUCUCAUUUGCAGGCAAGCGAUGGAAGAAGCAACUGGACCAAUUAGAGGAAGCUGUACGAAACUACAAGCCAUGCAGUCAACACAACUGUAGCUGCUACCUUGGAGUCCUAAAGGCAGAUCUCAAGCCAUUUCGCCCUGGAGUGUCAGAGUCUCUUAUGAUGGAGACAGUCCGUCGAGGAGUUGGUACGCACUACCAGAUCAUCAACCACAAGCUGUACAGAGAACAUAAUUGCAUGUUCCCUGCCAGAUGCAGUGGAGUGGAGCACUUCAUUCUGCAGGUGAUUGACAGGCUCCCUGACAUGGAGAUGGUGAUCAAUGUGCGAGACUACCCGCAGGUGCCCCACUGGGCCCAGCCUGCCCUCCCUGUGUUGUCCUUCAGCAAGACACCAGACUACCAGGACAUCAUGUACCCUGCCUGGACCUUCUGGGAAGGAGGCCCUGCGGUCUGGCCCAUCUACCCCACUGGACUAGGCCGAUGGGACCUCAUGAGGGAUGACCUGCAGAAAUCAGCAGCACAGUGGUCAUGGAAAAAGAAACGCUCUAAGGGAUUCUUCAGAGGCUCAAGAACCAGCGCUGAGCGGGACCCUCUGAUCCUGCUCUCCAGGGGGCAGCCAGAGCUUGUGGAUGCCGAGUACACCAAGAACCAGGCCUGGAAGUCAGAGAAGGAUACUCUCGGGAGACCACCUGCUAAAGAGAUUUCCCUAGUUGACCAUUGUGAAUACAAAUAUCUCUUUAAUUUCCGUGGCGUGGCUGCCAGCUUCCGGCUAAAGCACCUCUUCCUGUGUGGCUCGCUGGUUUUCCAUGUCGGGGAGGAGUGGCUGGAGUUCUUUUACCCGCAGCUCUGCCCGUGGGUGCACUACAUCCCUGUCAAGCAGGAUCUGUCUGACGCCAGAGAUUUGUUGCAGUUUGUGAAGGAGAAUGACAAUGUGGCUGAGGUCAUUGCCAAGAGGGGUGAGCGCUUCAUCCUGGAUCACCUAAGGAUGGCGGACGUCUCCUGCUACUGGGAGAAUCUGCUCAGCCAGUUCGCCCAGCUGCUACAGUACCGGCCCACCAGACGACCCAACUACAAUCAGAUCACCCACAGGCCCGACCAUGGCGAACUCUGACCCGGAGGACCGGACCUCCAAGACGCGUGAGGCUACGUCCUCCUCUUGUCCAUUAGGUUGCUCAUAUACCAUUUCCUCCUCUUUAUCCUCCUCCUCCUCCUCCUCUGUGCUUCACCAGGGCAGCUUAUGCAGAAUUGCCAUCAUUUGCUCAGCUUUAAAGAGCACAUUUUAUACGCAGGCCAACAGCUGUCAAAACAUUUGAUCCCAUCUAAUAAGCCAUCCUAUACUGUACAAGCAACACAAGUUCUUGAUUUCUGGUGUAUGAC